AUGUCGCCGCUCCUCCGUUCAAGACGACGACGCCGCCCUUCCUCCAACUUCACUGAAGAUUUCCGUUCAACCAUCAGCCGCAACUUCUCGCUGUGCCUCCUCCACCAGCAGCCACAACUUCUAGUCGCGCCUCCUCCACCGUCGCCGCAUACAACAACUAGAAAAGAAUAUUUUAGAGAGAAGAGAUAUACUACUCAAGUGGUUAAUGAUAAUGUCGACGACGAUGCCGAUGACUUGGAUGAUGAUGAUGAUGAUGAUGAUGAUCAGUUGGAGGAUGUCGUGCCAAAAUUUAACGAUCCGAAAAAUUUAAGGUUCCGAGAAUCGUCUUCUAGAGAUCAACCACCUAUUGUUGUGAUCCCGAUAGCUAGUGCUCCCCCAGCAGACGAGGAUAUUGAUGCUGCUGAGGCUGAAGUGUUUGUUGAGAGUACGUUUGCUGAUAUGGGGGAUGACGAUGAGGCUGACGACGAGGGUCACGAGGAGUCUCAAGAGGAGGAUGACGAGGAGGAGCACGAUUCCACUCCCGACCCAUCAUUGACAAGUAACUUGUUUACAAUUAGUUAUUGUUUGAAUUGA